UUAUCGCCAAUUACUCAGUCAUUUGACGCCGGCCAGUCGUAGCACAAUGUCACUUCUGCAGUUAAUAUGCGGCUAUUGUGUCUGUUGAUUAGUCUGUCUGUGUGUUCUUGUCUCGCCUCCGACAUGAUCAUCGGAGAUACGGUGCAUCGGAAGAUGGUCUUCCAUCAGAGAGUCAAGGACUUCGCGAUACCGUUCAAGAAGAGGAUCAAAGUCUUGUCUUACAGUGAUCCGGAAAAAAGGAUUAUAAAAGGUGUAGCAGCUCUCGACAACGACUUCUCUCAUGCCAGCGCCAACAUAACGGAAGGUGGCGUUGGUUCCUCUCACGUCACCGUCAGAAUGAAGAGCCAAAGAUCUCAUCCAUUGAACUUCGAAAUUGAAAUUUAUGUGUGAGGUGAUCUUUUUUGAAGUGGUUUAUGUGUGAAGUGACCUGCUAAACAUCCAAAUACUAGAUUUUUGAUACAUAGGAGGUCAGGUUCACACUUUUGAACCGUGAUUUUUUGUUUAUGUUCAUCGUGUAGGUAUACUUAUUUUGUGUUUACUUUUAACGUGGGAGAGCCAUGCUCCGGCACGAAUGGGCCGGCUCGA